AUGAGCUACUUUGGGAACAACAGUAACCCGUUAUCUUUUACGUCAUAUGGUCAGGGUCAGCUUCCUCAGAGGAAUCUUGGAGGUUUGAAUGCGCUACAACAACCUAGCCAAUUAGGUCAUUUGACAGGACAAGGUGGGCAGAAUGAUCCAAAUUCAGCGGCAGCAGCGGCAGCGGUGCAGCAGCAGCAAGUAGUUCACCAAGCUCAGCAGCCGUCUACAACUGGACCAGAGUCACAAAACGAUGUACAACAAUCAGGCCAACAAGUUCAAGGAAAGAAAGAACGGAAGAAUAGACCAGGCCAAAAAUUUGGCGCCAAAAAGAAGUCAUGGGUAUGGUCUUGGUUCGUACAAGACUCCCAAGAUCCCAACAUAGCUGCCUGCGAUUAUUGUGGUAAGAUAAUUACCAGACUUCCAUCAGAUAAGGGAUCUCCCAAAAAGCUAAGUGAGCACUUGAAAACACACAAGUUGACUAAAGACUCAAUUAAUAAUUCGCGACCGAUUCCAAUAGAUGGUAAUGGCAUAACUUAUGCACCCAAUGGAAUCCCCUUAGGAUAUCCAUCCAACUUUCAGCAUCAUCCUGGCCCAUCUUCUAAUCCUCCACAGAUUAAUUCUGAAGCAGAUGACUUGAAUCUGGUCAAAAAAAAUGCUGCUGGUUUGAAAAACUACAAGAAUAGAUCUCAAAUUAAUAACAUAGAUGCCUCAUUGGCUCCAUUUGGGAUGGCGUCGAACAGGAGAUUUCUUUCCACGGAAUUCGACAACUCCCCUUAUUCUGCUAUGAAAUUUCAUAAGCAUCUAAUGAAAUUUUUGACGGAAAAUAAAUUGUCAAUCAAUGUCAUCAAAUCUCAUUCAUUUCAGCAGUUAAUUUAUGACUUGCGCUCUGAUUCGGUUACAGAGUUACUAGAGUUGACAGGGUUAUACAGCUCCCUCUUAGAAGUUAGUAGGUUCGACGGGACACCAGGUCAAUCCGCCAACGAUAAUCUGCAUGAGGCUAAUAGCUCUAUCCCCUCUGUAAAUGAAGCGACUGUGGUCAACACUCUAGCUCAAGCAGUUGAGCAAAAAGUUAAUGCUGCAUCAAGCGCUACCUGA